AGAAACCAGUAAACUAGCAUUUUGCAUUUUGUGAAGACUUAUGGGUGGACACAAUGGCGUGGAACAGCAAAGACUCCCCUCUUCCUCCAGCCUCCUUGAAGCUGCUGGUCCCUCCAGUAAGACUCAUGUCUGCCUUCAUGUGGAAAGUGGUGCAGCGGGACAGCAGCGUGCUGCAGUAUGAGAAGCUGCUGGACUUCAUCAGUUUGGUAACAGAGAUGGUCCCGGAGCUUCUCAGUCCCAGGCACAAUGCAGAGCUCAUGCUGGGCCUGAGAGCAAAGCUUGUUCUUGAGCUGUGCCGUGGUGACGGUGUUGCCAACUUGAAGACCAUCCAAGGCCACCUUGAUAAAAUUCACGCCUGCUGCGUUGAGCUGAGCACCUGCAGUCAAAUUGAAACUGAGGAUAUUCUCAAGACCUGUUAUAGCAACUUUGCCAGCCUGGUGCAGAAAAUUUUAAAUGUUCCCUUGGAAAAGGAACUCUUCUUCAAAAAAGUUUUCCCCGAGAACUACGGUUCUGUUUACAACAAAAGGAUCCAGCAGCUUGUGUCUGUGUUUCUGUCUCGACUGGAAGAGCUGAUGCCCACACCAAACCUGCAGCAGACAACAGUUUUGCUCUCUGAAACAUCUGCAUCAGAGGAGUUUAAACAUGAUUUAUCUGAACCAUCGGCUCUGAAGACUCUGCUGGUUCACCACAGAGAGCUGGGGACCCUCAGUUCAGCUUGUCCAAGCAAUGACGAGGGUACAAUUUUGUCCACACUGGCCUUCUCUAAUCCAACUGAAGUGUUCAGUGAGGCUCAUGAUGAUAAAUAUGACAGCGAUGAAGGGUCGCUGGCAUUGGAGGAUUUGGAAGACUCAAAUCAGUGCAUCGCUGAUACAGACGACUCGGAUGAAUGGAUGCCAAAAAGUAAAUCAGGCAGUUUAUCCAGCUUAUUCAUCUCCUCCAAGGUUUCAGACACACCGCCUGAACCAAGAAUGAUCCGUGAGCACCAGAAAGCUGCUCUUGUUCAGAAAAAGAAAUCGGUGAAAAAAUGGAGAAGCAAUUCUUUGCAAAAAAGCCAAGGCUUAAAGACUAAAAGUAAGAAACAAAAGCUCAGCGUAAACAAUCAGAGGAGAGGCAAACAAAAAGGCAGCAUUGAAAAACAGUUGGAUAAGGAACAGAAGGAGGACAGCUCCAAAAAGAAGCGUCGCAGAAAAAGGAAAGAGCCAACUCUGGUUGAUAAAAGGUUUCUGAGUAUGCGACCUGUGAGCAAAAACUUCACGGAAGAAGAAAUUAAAUGUCCCACGUGCAAAAAAGUCUUUGAACAUCCUAAUCAGAUGAAGACCCAUGUGAAGCUGCACAACUUUCGCCAUUACUGCACUGAGUGUGAGAGGGGAUUCACAAGCAGGUCUGGCUUUUAUUAUCACCAGAAGAUUCACAAAAAAGGACGAACAUUCACAUGCAACCAGUGCAACAAGGGAUUCCUCUCCAGUAGUGCUCUCAAGCAGCACGAACGUGUACACGAUGGUCCCCUCAACUUUUGCAAGAUCUGUCAAAAAAACUUGUGCAAAAAUGGCUUUAUAAGACACAUGCAGAUGCACAGCGGGGAACGGAAUUACCUUUGCACCACCUGUGGGAAGGCGUUUUUGACCUCCGGGGAACUGCGGCUGCACAAUCGGACUCACACGGGCGAGCUGCCUUACACCUGCAUCCACUGCGGGAAGGGUUUCUCCUGCAAGAGCCACCUAACUGUGCACACGCGUUCACACACAGGAGAUCGUCCAUAUCUUUGCACAGAGUGCCCCAAACGCUUCAUCACUCUGAACUGUCUGAAGAGGCACACGCUUAGCCACAACGGGGUGAAACCUUUCAAGUGUUCUCAUUGUGACAAAGAAUUCUCUCAGAUUGGAAAUAUGAAAAGACAUAUGACAAGUCAUAAACCAUAGUAUCUUCUUUUGAUGGUUAUUCUCUGUAAAUUUGAUUUUUUUCAAUAAUGUAUUCUA